AUGAGACACCAUAUGAAGAGCAAAUUGCUAUCACGACUCAACACUUCGGUUAUGGUUAAACGCCGUAGAGGAUCUGGUUCUCUCUCAAUCCCAAUGACCCGGAGUGGCUCCCUUCUGGAGGAAUCCUCCGCUUCUCGCCACGUGACUUCGAACGUCGUCCAUACAAUAAUGCAAAAUAUGGACUUUACUCGUGGCAAGGGCCUGGGUAAGAAAAAUCAUUUUAUCACUGAGCCCAUUCAGGCUUCUUUGCAUAAGGGUCGACGAGUUUUGGGUCAUAGUAACCAAGCUCUGAUCAAAGCCAUUGGGAAGUGGGAUCCAUCCCAAGAAAUCAUAAGCGUUAGGGAGAAAAUCUACUGGUUGAGAAAUGAUCAGGAACCACCAAUAGCAGAGGAUUUCAGGGGUUGGAUGCGCAGGGCUCCCUGGAAAAAGACCAUUGAUGAUGAAACUUUAUUUUGCGAGCCCCAGAUCCUUCACCAGGUCAUAAGCUCGAAGAGCAUUUUCGAUGGUUUAGAAAAACGUGAAAUACAAAGGGCGAGAAUUCAUUCGAAUCCCUUUGAAACAAUGAGAGGUGUAUUUUUUCUUAAUCGACAUGCUGUAAAAAUGGCUAAUAUUGACAGAACCUGCAAUUUCAUGUUCACUAAUCCAACAACUGCAAAUCCAAAUGAGAUCCUCUACUUCGCCGACGUAUGCGCCGGUCCUGGAGGAUUCAGUGAAUAUGUCCUGUGGAGGAGGAAGUGGCAUGCAAAGGGCUUUGGAUUCAUCCUGAGGGGUUCCAACGACUUUCAAUUACAUAACUUUUACGCUGGACCACCAGAAACUUUUCAUCCUUUUUAUGGACCCAAAGGUGAUGGUAAUAUUUAUGAUCUGGAGAAUCAACUCGCCUAUCAGCAACUUAUCAUGAAUCAUACCCAAGGACAGGGUGUUCACUUCAUGAUGGCUGAUGGAGGAUUUGCGGUUGAGGGAAUAGAAAGUAUUCAGGAGAUUUUGUCGAAACAGUUAUACUUGUGCCAAUGCCUGGUUGCCCUUAAGAUUGUGCGGACAGGUGGACACUUUGUUACUAAGUUGUUCGAUCUGUUGACACCAUUCAGCGUGGGAUUGAUUUACUUGCUAUACAGAUGCUUCGAAAAAAUAUCAAUUUUCAAGCCGAAUACAUCUAGACCUGGCAACUCUGAAAGGUGUCACAAUAAGUGCGAUGAAGGGAAAGAGAUUACUAGAAUAGUCCCUAAGCUCUUGAAACCAGAGGAGAGACUUUGUUCAAUCGUCGUCGAAUCUGUUGUAAACUACCUGAGCGCUCCUCCCGUGAUUUUGACUUCUAAGAAUGUGACAAUAACUAUCCUGGAAAAUCCCUGUGAUUGGUAUGCAAUACUCUGUGGAUCGGAUGCCAGUGGAACAACACCUAGCAAACAAUUGACUUUCUACUUGGGUAUGGGAAGAACCAAUGUCUUUAUGUUAGUGAAGAAUACCUGGGAGAGGGCCGACAAUAUUGAACUGUCUCCUAAUACAUUUGUUUAUGCUGAACUGGUGGAGGAGAUGAGAGGACUGGAAAAUAAUAUCCGGAGAACUGAAGCACUGCAUAUUGUCGAUGCUUAUCUCCUGGGAGGAGAGCAUGUCAGCAGAAAUUCACUUCCAGAAAGGUAUGCUCUCAUCAAUAAAUUCUGUGAGGCUCUGUGGAAGCCCAAUAACUCUGCGUAUUGUCCAGUUCGUGCCAAGGAAUUGCAUCCUCUGGAUCGUGAGCAACCCAUGAAACUUCAUGUACAACCCUGUACAUUGAUAAACAAGACGAAAUUAUUGGUACAUUAUCUACAAGAUUCAUACCCGAGGAGGGCACGCCCCGAUAACGAUCCACUAUCCUUUGUACCAAAUAUUGUGGUAUUCUUGAAGACAACUAGUGCGCCCUGGACACGAGUUAUCAGUAAGAAACCUAGCCAUUAUUAUUACUUCAAUUCUAUGACGAAUGAUAAUUUUUAUGCUAAUCGUCGACCAGAAUCAGCUUGUGCCAGCUUCCUCGAGACAUUUGUUACUCGAGUGCAGUGGCAUUGGCCGGGGGAUUCAUCUCUGUCAAUUAAUUAUAUAUACGAUAAUGUAAAACAGAAGUGCCCUGUUUAUCUACCGGAAGAUUAG